AUUUACCUUCUUCCUCAGUGGAGAGGAGAAGAAGUCAGACGAACGGCGGCGAGCAGAAAAAUGGCCCAGCGGUGGCUGCUGAAUUUAAUAGAGGCCUUGGUUACUUGAUGUUUUUUUUUUUUUUAAACAAAAAACAGGAUUAGUGUGCCGCUGUCUGCACUCACGAAGUGUAUUUUACUGCCUCUUGCCGCUCAGGGAGUCCGUCUCUAGUACGUAAACAAACAUGACCGCUACCGUUUCCAGGCAGAGACACGCCGCAGUCGCUGCAGACUCCUCUGGCUCUUCUUUUUCCGUUACUGCAAGCCUCAUGCGACUCUCUAAACACAUCAAAUAUGAAAAUCUGGCAGCCGGACUCAGUGGGGGUGUUAUUUCCACAAUGGUGUUGCACCCCCUGGAUCUGAUCAAAAUCAGGUUUGCAGUAAGUGAUGGUCUGAAAAUGCGACCCCAGUACGAUGGCAUGGUGCACUGCAUGAAGACCAUCUGGAAGCUGGAAGGGAUUAGAGGUCUCUAUCAGGGUGUGACCCCCAACAUCUGGGGGGCCGGGGCAUCGUGGGGCCUGUACUUCCUCUUUUAUAAUGCUAUUAAAGCGUACACACGGGAGGGACGGCAAACAGAGCUGAGUGCUGGCGAACACCUGGUGUCUGCAGCGGAGGCAGGCAUGCUGACGCUUUGCCUCACCAACCCAGUCUGGGUGACAAAGACCCGGCUGGUGCUGCAGUACAAUGCAGACCCUUCACGGAAGCAGUACAAGGGAAUGAUGGACGCCCUCGUGAAAAUAUACCGUCACGAGGGUAUCCCGGGACUAUACAGGGUACAUCUACAGAUUUUAAAUUUCUCUCCGUCCCGUCUGUCUCUGCUUCAGUCUCCAUUGGAAUACAUCACCAUGGCAGCCAUUUCCAAAAUAUUUGCUGUAGCAGUGACCUACCCGUACCAGGUGGUGCGCGCUCGCCUGCAGGACCAGCACAACAACUACAGCGGCAUCGUGGACGUCAUCCGGAGGACGUGGAGCAACGAGGGGAUCGAGGGCUUUUACAAAGGCAUGGUCCCGAACCUGGUGCGAGUCAUUCCAGCGUGCUGCAUCACCUUUUUGGUGUUCGAAAAUGUGUCACGCUUACUUUUGGGCGAGUAUCACUAAAGCUUCAGGUACGCACACACCAAACGCAACGACGGACCAACUCAACGCAAUAUACCAGGAUGUGUGUGUGUGUGUGUGUGUGUGUGUCAGAGACGAACAGGAAUACCAAACAUUUCCUGUUUAACUCUGAAACUGGACGUGCAGACAAAACUAGCAUUUAGCGUCUGCACUGAAUGAAAAGAAGAAAAUACAGGUGCAUUUAUAUAUAUAUACGUAUAUGAGAUUGUUGUAUUGUUGAGUUUAUUGAGAGAGUAUCCAUGUUGUCUUGAAUAUUCAACCACAAAAAGAUUUUUCAAGUCAUUUCAAGAUUUGAAUUGACAAUGACAAGAACGGCUCGUGGAAAAGUGGAUUCAAGCCAUCCUGUGACAAUGCAA